AUGAAGGCUCCUGUUCAAGUUGAAAAAUGGUCCCCACCAAAUAGACCAUUCUUGAAAUUGAAUGUGGACGCUGCUACAGAUGGAAAAUGUGGUGUCUCAGGGGUAUGCAUGGCUUUAAGAGAUGAAGUGGGGCAACUCAAGUUUGCGGCUCACCAGGUAAUCCCAGGUAACCCUCCUGUAUUAGCAAUUGAGGCAUUAGCGGUUUUACAUGGCCUGAAGCUCUGUUUGCAAGAAGGUUGUAGGAAUGUUGAAUUGGAGAGUGAUGCGGCUAAUGUCCUCUUCGCAUUGAACAAAUCAGGGUUGGACUUAAGUAUUGAAGGAGCCAUUUUUGACGAAGUACGUAUGUUGAUGCCAGAAUUUGAACAUUUGAAAUGGAGGAAAAUAAAUAGAAGUUGUAACCAGGUUGCACACACUUUGGCAAGGCAGGCACUAAGAGCAACGGGUUGGAGUUUUUGGAAGGAAGCUGGACCCCCAUGGUUGGAGGAAGUCAUAGACAAUGAUAGAAUUUUUUGA